ACUAUUAGUUUUCAAACGACUGUGAAGCAAUUCAAUUGGGAAAGCCCAAAAAUGUCUUUGGUAAAUUUUUACAAGGAUCAAGACAUUUUCAUAACUGGAGGAUCAGGAUUUAUUGGUAAAGUCCUUCUGGAGAAAAUUGUACGCUCUCUACCGAAUGUUGGCAAAAUCUAUGUUUUACUACGUAAUAAAAAAAAUAAAAAUGCCCAAGAACGUUUGAAUGAGAUUCUGGCCAUACCCCUUUUUCGACGCGUACGCAGAGAACAACCGGAGUCUUUGAAGAAAAUCAUUGCCAUUGAUGGCGAUUGCCAAGAACUUAAAUUGGGAAUUUCAUCGGCAAAUUUGGAGAUGUUACGCAAUGUUUCCAUUAUUUUCCAUGUGGCAGCCACUGUGCGUUUUGAUGAUAAUUUGAGAACCUCGAUUUUGCUUAAUACUCGUGGCACCCAUGAGUUGGUAAAAAUUGCCGAAGGAUUGGCUAAUUUGAAAAUAUUUAUGCAUGUGUCGACCACAUAUGCCCAUCCGGAUUUAAAUGUGCUGGAGGAAAAGAUAUAUCCUCCAUAUGCGGACUGGCGGACAACCAUCAAGUUGGCUGAGACCUACGAUAUAGAGACAUUGAAUAUCCUUUUUCCCAAAUAUGCCCCAAAACAUCCCAAUACAUAUACGUUUACAAAGAGUCUAGGAGAGCAUAUAAUUGAAGAAAGUCGCCAUAAAAUUCCAGUUGCUAUACUUCGACCAUCCAUAGUGGUUAGCUCUUUUGAAGAACCUUUCCCUGGCUGGAUUGAUAAUUUCAAUGGUCCUGCAGCUUUGCUAGUGGCCUGUGGUGCUGGCGUACUACGCACCCAUUGCUGCAAUCCGGAUGCGAUUCAUGAUUUUGUACCUGUCGAUAUGUGUGCCAAGUCCCUUAUAGUUUCCGCGUUUAGUGCAGCUCAACAUGCCACAAAUCAAGCUGUGGACACUGAUGAGGUACCCGUCUUUAAUUGCUGCAGUUCAGACAAAAGAUACUUGACUACCAAUGACAUUGUAUGUCUGGGCAAAGAACUGGUGAUCGAAAAUCCCCUAGAGAAAUGCAUAUGGCUGCCGGAAGGUGGCAUUACACAAUUCCCUGUGUGGCACUACUUUCGAUUUAUUACACUGCAAAUCAUUCCGUCAAUUUUGCUCGAUUGUCUAAUACGCCUGGCUCAACACCCUCCUGUUUUACUAAGACUCCAAAGAAGAAUAGUUUCGAAUGCUCAGGUUCUCGAUGUAUUCUUAAACAACGAAUGGGCCUUCGAUAAUAAGAAAUUAAAGUCAUUGGAGACUUUGCUAAUCAACAAGGAAUGGUCUGAUUUCAAAUUCAUGGAUUUUUGUGAUGCUGAUCAUAUAGAGUAUUACAAAAAUGCUCUCAAAGGUGGAAAAGAAUUUUUACUCAAAGAAAAUCCUGAGGCCUCCCCAGGUGCCCGGUUACGUAUGCGCAUUUUUCAAGUAGUACAUUAUUACCUUCAAUUUAUGGGAACGUUUUACCUCGUUCGAUAUUUGUUGGGAUCUAUGGUUUCACGUAUCAAUUAAAUCAACUUUUUGUUAUGAUGUUUUUCAAGAAAAAAAAAUUAAUAAUAAAAAAUACUUCAAAUGA